GCCAGAGGUAGGAAUGCGCCACUGGGCGCUGUUGCCGUGCACACCGUCGGGGCUCCACAUUGGCGCUCUGUCUGCCAGGGACCCACCUGCAGACUGGAGGCUCGCUCGCUCGCUCGUGCUCAGCAGUGGUCGUCGUUCUCCCUUUUCUUCUCUUCCUUAUCACCACUUCCUAUCGCUGUCGUCGCCCUCCCCAGUCUCCUCGUCGUCGUCCUCCUCCUCCUCCUCCUCCUCCUCCUCGUUCCAGGGCCUGGUGGCCCCGCGAACGGGGCUGGCGGGUUACAAGAAGCUGGUGUUCCUGCAGGACGACCGCAGCGUGGAAUUCCACGCGCAGUACGGCAGGCACCACCGCCUCCGCGUGCCCAAGGCGGGCCGUAGCCUCUGCUACGACCCCGAGUCCUGCCUUCUCUUCGUGGCCGGCUCCUCCAGCGAGGUCGUUCAGAUUGACCUGGAGUCGGGCGCCUUCCAGGCCCCGCUCCCGCUGAGCCGGCUGGAGGAGGUUCGGGGCCUCUCCUCUCGGACGUUCGUGUUGGUGGGGGAGCGAUUUGAGGAGUGGGGGGGGAGAAACGGCGUGCACACUUCGUGGCCCUUGUGGGCCCAAGGGGGCCUCUUCGGUGCCACUUGGGGGCACAGAAGGUGCACCUUUCCUUUCCCCACCAUCUACCGCCCCCCAUUACCCGACGCCGAACCACACCCGCGGCAGUCUCGCGCCGCCUCGACGGGACGGCGGCGUCGGCGCGGGCGUGCAGGGCGGAGCAGCGCUCGGGGGCCCCGCCGACGGGCCCCUCCCACGGCGCUGAGGCCACGGGGUGCGUGGGGCCGACAGCCUCUGCUCGGUGGUUCAACGAUGGGGUCCUGA